UUGUGCGCACGGGUUUGAAUGAGGAUGUAGUUCGGAAAGUUCGAAUAUGCAUAGUUAGUGAAGAUGGAUUAAAAAACACCGGGGUAAAUACUCUGUUCAUGGUUUCUUGUGAAACACCGUGUGUCUUAGAGAUAAAAGGUGCUUCAAUCAAAACAACGUGCAAAUAAACUGGCAUAGGCGUGAGAACGCGAAGAUACCGAGACAGUAUUUGCCAUUACGCUGCAUAUAACAGGACAUCAGCUGUUGCUGAAGUUAAAAUGGAUCAAGUUAAACAGAUGAUUAUAGCGUGCAUUGUAUCGCGCAAAGGUGGUGUGCCUGUAACAGAAAUAGAUAAUGAAUACAGACAGCUUGUGGGAACGAAGAUUCCUUAUGCGAAAUAUGGUUUCCCGUCACUAGAAGGUUUAAUUCAAAGCAUUGCGGAAAUAAUGAUGGUUCAUAAUACAGAUGGGUCUUUAGUAUUAAAGGCAAGGGAUACUAAGACAUCUCACAUAGCUUCACUAGUAGAAGGGCAGAAAAAAACAGGAAAUGCACGCAAGAAAGUGACGAAUUGUUACCAAAUGUCUGCAGCUGGGCAGAAUUAUAUGCGUGGUACCAACAAUCAUUGGAAUUAUGGGAACAAUAGAGGCAAUAACUACAGAAAAAUAGAAAAGACUGCUCCAGAAUAUAACACACAAGAUGACUUCAAUGAGGCCAGGCAUAGGAAGCAAGAAAUGCUGCAAUUACAGACUCCUCGUGCUAAAAGUUUAUUUAAACACCCCACUGAAGAAGAAACGAGACAAGGAAUUGAAACACACACAGGAAAAUACCUUUUGAAAUCUGCACGCAAGGAGAAUGAGUUUCAUAAUUGUCAAACAAGGCAUCCAUCAAAAAUUAGUAACCCUCAGUUUCACCCAAAAAAAAGGACAGAUCAGAUACAGGCUUUGUACGAGUCUCGUGAGGAAUUUCACAGAUCUCAAGUUAAAGAGAAAACCCAACGAAGGAUAAAUGUGGACGACACUAUCCUGGUGACCAUCGUUAAUAAUUACUACCGAAAUUCCUAUAAUGAAGACUGUAGUCAUCAGGGAAGUCUACUAAGUGAUUGGAGGACUGAUGAGGAAGAGAGGGAAAUCCGACAAGACCAGUUGUAUAGGUGCCGCGACCAUCACCGUGGAUAUUUAAAAGAAGUUUCUACAGUGAGGCAGAAGUAUAGAAUGAAACCAUCUAAAUUACGAGAACCAGUAAACUGUUAUGAAGAGCUGUAUGUACAGAAAAAGUGGUUUGAAGAUAGUGUAAAUGACUGUACAGAGAACAUAAGUGGAUGUUGUGUAACGGAAGACAGUGGUUAUACACAUUACAAGAGAGAUGUUUCAAGAAAGAACCCUGGAUUAUUGGUUAAAGUGAGAAAUGAAUAUGCUGUUGAUAGACGUAUAUACACAGGAAUCUAAAAUUGUUUUUAUGGCGAAGAAUUCAGGGAUCGGCACUGAAGGGGAAUGUAACCGUCCGCUUGUAAGAAGUUGACAUACACAUAUAUAGGUAAUAUCAGACACCACUGCAUAAAAUAGUUUGUGGUAAGAGCGGCAAAAAUUUGACGCUUGUCAGCUUAUGUUUGGACUUAAGUUUAGCAUGAAAAGUGGCUGUUUUUUUAGUGUGAUUAGUUGUUGUUCAGCUAAAGGCAUGUACAUAUUGUUGCACCAUACAUGUUGCUCAUUAAAUACAAUGUCUAAUAUGUAACAGUUAAUUCUAGUGUAAUUUUUUCAUAUUUAAAGUUGUAUGGCAUGUUGCUUUAAGCAUGUGAUGGCCGUAGUCAACUGCCAGAUAUGCAAGGAUAUUGUCUACAUUUACCAUUGUUUGAAAGAAUAAAGUGUCUGUAGCAGUGUAGCAUUCACAUCAGUUACAGCUGCAGGAAAAUGCAUGCUGUAUCUCAUUCUU